AUGAAGGGCAUCUGUCAUCUCUCGCAAAGAUGGCAUCAGCAGUUCUGCCGUUCUCCCAGCUUUCUGGGGCAUCAAGGCUGCCUUCAACAAUGGCAGUCCCUGCGCUACUACCGACAACCUCCCCGAACCUUUAAGCCCGUACCGAAACCAUCCCGCACUGCGCAUGAUGAUCUCGUUGUCAAUGAAUUCGAGCAAAUCGAAGGCGACCCGUCGACUCGAAGGAAGAUCAAUAAUCCAUUCGAGCAGGAGGCGAAAGAGGUCAGGAAGGAGAUCAAGCGGCUUGAGCGAGAAUCCGCUCUCCUGCGACAGGGACCAUUUUCCCGCAACAGCGAGCUGAUGCAGUCAGUACCCGAGGAUGAACGAGACGAAUUGUUGAGUGCUAUGGAGUCCGAUGGACUAGAACAGCCGGACCUGAACUUCGAUGAGCUAUUCUCAGAUGAAGAGUUCGACCUGGACAACAUCUCAGAGGAGUUUGAGGACAAGCCGAAGUUGCUCGCCGUGACACUCCGAAUCCCGGCAAAGCACAAAGCAUACGUCCGUCGUUUCAAUGCGGCACUCGCACAAUCGCAGAGUAACCCAGAUGAUCUUUCUGAGAAGCGCGCGCUUUGGGUCUGGUACCUGCGAUGCCAACAGAAGGUUCCAGGCUUCUCCAGCUUCAUCUCGGAGGACGUCUGGGAAUAUCUGUGGCAAUCUCAGAUGGAAUUGAACCCUCGAACACGACACAUUGUGGCUCUUGCAAGAGACAUGGAAUCAGCCGGCGUUGAGCUCGACGAUGAACAGCUGAUUGGCUACCUCGACGCAUUGCAUCGCACCGCCGACACUGCAACUGCAUUGAAGCUUUGGGAGAGUAGGAAAGAAUUGGCUGGGAAAAACGUUCUGUUCGACAGAAUUGGUGUGCAGCUGUAUGCAUCUGUGGGCAGACCGAGCAAAGCUCAAGAGAUCGCACUAGCUGGCUUCGCGAAGGCGGAUCUCGAUGCUGAGACCGUGGUGCAAGUCUUCUCGGCUUGGGCCAGCAGUCAGAAAUCCAACGCACCCUCCAAGCUCUGGACAUUCUAUCUUCAACUCAAGGAGCGAACUUCAUCAGAAACGCCUCCUGUUGAUCUACUUGGUCAAAUCACAUCGGUGCUCUUGAAAGCUGGUCGACAGGAGAUGGCCUUGGCGGUGUUUAAGGACAUGCUAGCAACCAGGCGAUGGAAGUCGUCCGAAUCCAUGCAGUUGUACCAGAAAAUCCUGGGCAAAAGUGACGCACCUACAGAAGACAACAUCAAUCGCAUCGGACUCACCGCUCUUCUUGCCCUACCUCAUGCAUUCAAGAACAAGUUUUUCUUCGGAGCCUGGAUCAAGUGGCUCCUGGGCGAGGGCAAGGUCGAUGACGCAGGACUUGUCGUGGAGCUGAUGCAAGAGAAGGGCAUCCGACCAGACGCCAGGCACCUGAACGGAAUUAUUGGUGCAUGGUUCCGUGAAGGAACUCCAGCUGCACGAGCCAAGGGCGAGCAGAUGGGUUGGGGGAUGAUCCACGCUCGAAUUCGUCAAGUUCAGCAGAGAGGGCGUACUCUGCUGGACGCAGAAGCAGAGGCGUUGAAAGAACAAGCAAUGGACACGAAGCGUCUACCGCGCUUUCUGCAGCGCGAUAUUCCGCCUGCAACCAUCGAGACCUUUUCUAUUCUGCUACAACGGUAUACGCGUCAGGCCGAUAUCUGGAAUGCCGAACAACUGACAGAGAUCAUGACCGGACCAGCUCAGAUCAAGCCAAACUCUUUCAUUCUCAACCACUGGCUGUACCUCUCACUUCGGGCGUCUGAUCUCGACGCUAUGUGGACAAGAUACAAGGCUGUGCGCGACGACAUACGUCCAGACCUGGCGACCUUCACCUGCCUUUGGGAUGGACAGCGUCGCAAUCUCAAUCAGUCGAAUCAUUCACCUUCUUACCCAACUCCACGACAGCUGUACAAGGAAAUGGCUACCUGGUACGACUCGCUCUCUGCGGUGAGAGAAGCCGAAGCUCAGACCCAAAUGACUCGCGAGCUCUACGAACAGAUCAUCCGCUGCUUCUGCCUUCAUAGUGAUUUACCCUGCACAUACCUCGCUCUGCAGCAUAUGCACAGAUCCUUUGGCAUUCUGCCUCACGACGAUAUCACCGGCAUGAUCGUCAUGCAAGUGGCCCGCAUGUUACCAGCCAAUACACCACUCGCAUCCCGACCACGGCGCGCCGCCCGGCGGAGAUCUGACGAGAUGUAUCGCGCAGCACUGAGCAACUUCGCCGGCUUGAUGAACGAAAUCCACAUGCAGAAGGCGUCGAGCGCCGUCUCACAAGGCAUUGAGGUGGAUCUUGAUGACACUGAGAGCACGGUCGCACAGACGAUCAGGCUGCAAUCCAUUCAGACGUUUGUAUGCUUGAUCAUGCUGAAGCAGGCCAAGCUGGGUAGUCAAGUGGACAAUGACCUGGUGGUUGCGGGUCGGGCGAUGGGGGUGGAGAUGGACAAGGACGAGGUCAAGCAGAGUCUGGAAGAAGCAGUGAGAGCGUAUGAAGACGGCGAGGCGGAAAGGUGA